CCCGCCCCUCCAGAGUACCGGCUCCACGACUACCGACCCCGACACGACUUCCGCGGUCCCCCGAAGCCCCCGCAGCCACAGCAGCCGCAGCAGAAUCAGCAGCAGCAGCAACACGACCAAGACGUCAUCGAAAACCCCAUGUACGACGUGGAGCGGAGAGGGGCACCCGGACCCCCUCGGACGCCCGGCCCGCCCAGGCCGCCGUCGGCCGCGCCCACCACGCCCACCCCGACUGCCCACCACCAGCACCAUCCGCAUCACCCUGCCCACCAGACCCACCCCGCGCAUACACCCGCCCACCAACCCCAGCACCACCACCAAGCCCUACAGCAGCAGUUACAGCAGCAGCAGUUACAGCAACAGCAGCAGCAGCAGCAGCAACAGCAGUUACAGCAACAGCAGUUACAGCAGCAGCAGUUACAGCAACAGCAGCUACAGCAGCAGCAGCAGCAACAACAACAGCAGCAGCUGCACGCGAGUCAGCAGGCCCAGCACGGGCCGUCCCCGCAUCUGCAGGGGCACGCGGUUCCCGCCCACGCGGUGCCCGGGCACGGGGGACCCACCCAUAGUGGGCCCGGCCGGCCCGUGGUCCAGGGGGAGAGACAGGAAGCCCGCUAUACUGCCGCUAUCGCUCAGCAGGAGGAAGCCCUAAGACGGAUAGUCCCUGCCAGUCGACCAGAGAACCAACGGACAGGCAGUGCCCCUUCGUCGGGGCUAGGUCCUUCCCUUGCUGCUGCUGCUGCGGCUGUCAAUCGACAGCAUGCCCACCCUCAACCAGUCUCUCAACCUGCCCAUUCACAAACUGUACCUGUAGCUUCCUCAACCACCUCUGCUAUGACUACAGCAACCACAAAACCACACACCCUCUCCAGAAGCAUGUCUCGGAAGGAGCAGGUCAAAGCGUAUAUGAAGAAGGAAACGCGAGAGUUCUUUGGAUUAGAUGAUAGUACUGAGGAAAGUCAGCGGCUGCGAUGGCAAGAAAAGCGAAAGCGCCUGGCCAGUCGCAGGUAUGGCCAGCUCAAGGACCAGCCCAGCACUACCCACCACACACCGUCUUUCACCAAUGACUUCCAUGCCUUACCAGAGCUUCAGGAGGGAGUGAGCGGUACGAUACCGGACUCCAUAGAUGGAGCAGCUUGGCCGCAGCUACUUCAUCGAGGGAAAGAUUCAGUCGCCAAAAUGACCUGGGACGGUCUCUCUUUUGUGGUUUCUACUGUUGCAAAACGAAGAGCGAAGAGCCAGAUCUCAGGUACAGCAGGUGGUCGGUCUAAAAGUCGCAGUUAUGCCCCAGCGUCUAUGUCUGUUGCUGAUGAUAUUUAUGAAGAACCAGACAUGUCGCCCACCACAACUGCAACUACCACUACCACAACUACUGCGGCAAAUUUGCGGCCCUCCCCUCCUGCAGACCAUUACACCAUGGAAUCUCUCUCUGAUGAGGUGUUCUUUGACAGUAAGGUUGCGGGAAGUCCGGAAGCCGUUACAACCACUGCUAGCUAUGAUAGUAGUAAAGUCGUUGGAGAUGCAAGGUACCACCAAAGUGUUCAAGAGUGGCAGAGACCGGCCAUUCAGGUAUCAGAUUCAGUAGACGCAAGUGGACGGUCUAGUGCUCACAUUGGCCGCUCACGUAUUUGGAAUCGAAUUUUGGAUAGCUGUUUUGAUAAUUCAGAUCGAAGACAAUAUGGAAGAGGAAUUGUAGGCCGAUUAUUUAAGCGAACUUUCAAAGAAAGUGUGAGAAAAGAAAAGGAUAUAAAGAAACAACUUGACGAAAUGAGUGACUACCGGCCCUACUUUACGUGGUGGGUCACAACGGUUCAAGUAUUCAUCCUCCUCCUUUCUAUUCUGUGCUAUGGGUUGGCUCCUCAGGGCUUCACUCUUCAACAGCAGUCUGGCGAGGUAUUGAUGGCUAGUUUAUCAAUCCAGACUGUCGACUAUUGGGAACCUUCAAAUUUUUGGAUAGGCCCUAGAGCAGCGGAUCUUAUACAUUUAGGAGCAAAAUUUGCCCCAUGUAUGAGAAAAGAUGAAAAAAUAUACCGCCAUGUAGAGGAGCAGAGAAGAGCAGAGAGGGAAACGGGCUGUUGCAUACGUAAUGAUGACUCUGGUUGUGUACAGUCCUCUAAAAGAGAAUGUUCGCCUCUGGGUCAAGGAGACAUGGAUUCGACAAGGUUAUCAGUAUGGAAAAAGUGGAGCGAGCUUGCAAAAGGACCUGAUGGACGCCUUUCUGGGUCAGUUUGCGGCCAAGAUCCAAAUUUCUGCAAAGAGCCAGCUUCAGUACCCCCUCAUGAAUGGCCCGACGAUAUUACAAGGUGGCCAAUCUGUAGAAAAAGAAUAGCAGCUGUUAAAAAAGUCAAUACCGCAGAACAUAUGGCAUGUGAAGUUAUUGGCCACCCAUGCUGUAUAGGAAUUCAUGGGGAAUGCAGAAUAACAACUCGGGAGUACUGUAAUUUUGUGCGUGGCUACUUCCAUGAAGAAGCUACGCUUUGCUCUCAGGUUUCCUGUUUGAACAACGUAUGUGGUAUGAUACCGUUCCACAACCCUGAUGUUCCAGACCAGUUUUAUAGAUUGUGGACAUCGUUAUUUAUUCAUGCAGGAAUUAUUCACCUGUUCAUCUCGGUAAUACUGCAAUACUAUCUAAUGCGAGACGUGGAGAAGCUGGCUGGUCCUGUGCGUAUUGGAAUAAUCUACAUCGUUUCAGGCAUUGCAGGCAACCUUGCCUCUGCGAUUUUUGUUCCGUACCGGGCAGAAGUUGGUCCUUCAGGUUCUCAGUUUGGGCUGUUGGCCUGUGUGUUUGUGGAAUUUAUCAACAGUUGGCAGAUGAUGCAGAACCCUUGGAGGGUUUUAGGAAAACUAGUGGCCAUGACCGUAACACUUUUCCUAGUGGGGCUCUUACCGUGGGUUGAUAAUUAUGCCCACAUAUUCGGUUUCAUCUUUGGGUUCCUGCUUUCUUAUGCACUGCUACCGUUUGUGUCAUUUGGUCCGUACGACAAACGGAGGAAGGUGUUGCUCAUCUGGGUGUGUCUGGUGGCCGUGGUGGUGAUGCUCACAGCGCUUAUAAUACUCUUCUAUGUCACGCCCAUAUACGAGUGUAAAAUCUGCGAAUAUCUCAACUGCAUUCCUCUCACGCGAGACUUUUGUGCAGAGCAAAACAUAAAUUUCAACAAAAAGUUGGAUAUAAUCUGAGAGGCUGAUGGUCGCUCGAGCGGCAUCCCCCGUCAGUCAACGGUCACCGACGUGCCAACAUUUCUAGUAAUAUACCCAUUGUACUGUAAUUAUUACAUAAUUAUUACAUAAUUAUUACAAUUAUAACAUAAUUGUAAUUAUGUUAUACAAGUGAUCAAUGCUGUUACGGUCAUUUUCUAGUUUCAUACUCGGGGAAAUAUGGGAUACACCACCGCCUGUUUUGGCCCGCAUGUUUCGAGGGUCAAACUAGCAUUGGGUUAGUUGAACAAAUUGGCAUUUCAAAAGUUAUGAGCAAGAAUUGUAUGCAUGUUUAGUAAAUCUCACUUGUAUUUAUUUUAGAAAUAUCAUCGAUGUAGUUCCAUUAUUCAUUUCAUAUCUGUACAUGGAAAAGUCUCAUCACAGCAGCAGCCUUUGCUCUAAGGGUAACUUAUAAGAAUAUCAAAAUCUUGUAUACAGUAUUUCACAGUUUAGUCACUGAAUAUUUAUGUACUCAACAGGAGUUUGAAUUGACAAACUCCAUUGGCAAUAACUCCAAAGAACUCAAAAAUGGUUGCAUCUCAACAUAUCUUGCCCAUAAUAUGCAUUUAUGCCAAUUUUUUCACAACCUUUCUUGAUGUUGUGGCAAUGCCUGUCGCACCAGAACACAGAACAGUGAGGAUAUAAACGGGCACUUGAACCAAGAAAUUAGGGCCACAAUUUUGAAAUGCCACUUAGCAAGACAAAAUGACUACACCAAACUAGAGCGUUUACAUUAUAGUAGUUACUUUUUUUUAUGACAACCAUAAACCGCUCAAACACGUGAUGACAAUUUUACCAGUGGACUUCCACAAUUGUGACCCAAGAGAUGAAAUGGAGAGUGAAAGAUGCAAAAAAAUAAUAAAAAGAAAAAAAAAUAUUAAAGAAUCCUCUCUUUGUCUCAUAUGUUGAUUUCAUUGUAUGUGAAAAAUGACAUAAAUGUAGGUUAGGAUCCUUCCUUUCCAUUCCCUCCCCUUAAUAAUUUGCUCGUCCCUCAGCCCUUCCUAUACCCUCAUGCAUAGUAUUAAGAUGAUUGAAUUUGAUAUCCUUGAUUUCUUAUUGGUCCUAGAACUCUGGUGAUUUUGAUAGCCAGUCUCUCUCACUCUCCACUGUAGAGCAGCAGCACGGGGAGAAUCAGAAGGGGUGUUGUCAGUCACGUCUGCUUCCAUUCAUCACAUUGGUGUUGAUCAUCACAUCAUUGCAUUACAUUCACUUUUUCAUGAGGUUGUAUGAGAAAAUGUUAGCUUAAAUUUUUAUAGAAUAUAAGACAUAAACUUAAGUUGUGGUAUAAGCAUGUCAUAUUCGUAGUACUGUUUAUAUUAAUACAGCACUAUGAAAAAGGCUCUGUGACUAAUUUGGUGGAAGUUGUAAAUGCAAGGUUGACUGAUUAAUGGGUAAGUAAUUUGUCCAAGUUAUUGGCAGUAUCUCAAUCAUGAAAAAUUCUUCCAUUUAAGUAAUAUGGCCAUAGGUGUUGUAACAUUUUUAUGCUUAACUAGUGUAUUUGGAAAUGACAGGAUAUUUUUGGGGAAAUAUGUAAAAUUUAAAAUUUACAGUUAAUGCGUAUACUGUUCAGAUUUAUUUGGCCCACGGGAAAUGCAGAGGUGAAUUUGCAUAAAUAAAAUAAACUUAUCUGUACUUGCUGCUCCCAGAACUUCAUUUGAUCGUCUUGAAUUUUUUUUCUAUGAAAUUAGGUAGAGUUCAUCCGUUACUAACAGGGAAACAUUUAUUUUCCCUUUUAACAUUUGACUAGUAUUGCAUCUCAGAGUAGGACUACUUGCCUAUGCAAAUGUUGUGAUAAACAUUAAACGAGCAGUUUUUCCAGCAAGGUUAUCAUUUGGAUUUGGGUUUUUUUUUUGUCCAGAUUUGAUGGCACUUUUGCAUUCUUGCCUAAUUAAAGAAUACCUUUCCAAAGAGUUGUUACAGUAAUACACCUGUCAGCAAGUGCAAUAUGAUUGAGAAGUUAAUGAUAACAUUUACAUGAUUUAUACAGAAUCCGUUAACAUUAGCAAUGCUUAACUAACAUAGAAUGAGGGGUGUCAUUUGUAGCAUGAGUGAUAGGUGCUGAGUAAUCUCAGCAGAAGGAAGAAUUGAUUUUAAGAUAAGGUUUUUCUAUGGUAGUAGUUUAAGGUCACUACUGUAUGAGAAGGCAUUUCAUGUUAAUUCAUUGUAUUUUAAUCUCAUUGUACCUUCAUCCUUCUCAUGCAUUAUGCAUUUCACAUCAUACUGCAGAACUGUAGCAGUAAAUCAAUCAUUCAUAAUUUAUACACAACGUGACUGACUGCCUCUUUUUUCAAGAAAAUUGGUAACAAUGCUAGAAUGUUGGGCUGGCCACAGUUUUUUUGUGGUCACAACUGUGUAUAAUGUUCUGCGAUAAAUCUGAUAAGUGGAUCAUGGUUAAGUGUACAGUCCUGUCCUGUAGGCAUGGCAUUGGAGUGGUUGUAUUGUUAGAAAAGUCCAAAGGAGCUGAUAGCAGAUGUAUUCAUUUUUAUGUUUUGGUUUGUCUGUAAUUGCUUACAGAUUAUUGAAUAAUAGAAAAUAGUUAAUGUGAUAUUAAUAUUUUCACUACCUGUAAAGUAAACAUCACCCUUCAGUUACAAAGGCAUUGCUUUCCAUACAUUUUUCAUUUUCUUUCAUCUGUAGUACUCCUUAUUCUUCUCUGAUAUGUGCAACCACUCCAACUGUAAUGCAUUUUCUACUUAUUUAAAGUCAGUGUCUUUUCAUGUAAGCAUGCUGCCAGUGGCAACCAACUUGCAUCUUAUUCAUCAGCUGUGAACUUGUAGUGCCUCACUGAAAUAUCAGAGGUGAUGGUAAUUGUCUUGGAUUGGAAAACAGUGUAUUCACACCAUAUAACUUGGUUCAGUUGCACAACUGUAUUCUGCAUAAUUAGUUUCAUCAAAGUAAAAGAAAAAAAUUUUUUUUGCAGACUUCUUUAAAUACAGUAAACUUGUAUAUAUAAAAAGUGAUAUUUCAGAUGGAGGCACCUUAGAAUGGAAAGAAAUUGAAAUGGAUUAUAUCAAGAAUCAUUUUGUAACAUUAGUCAGACACACUAGCCAAUUUAGUAUAAUGGUAUUUGGUUUAGGCACUGAUGUUGCCUAUGGGUUAAGUCAUCAAGCAGUCCAUAGAAAUUUAUCCAUACAACAUAAUUUAUUAGGCCACUAUAAUAGUAUCACCAUAUUUGUCACUUUCAAUUGCUAGUAAUGUUAUUUAUUGGGGCAUAGUACUCUUAACCUGGAAAGAUUAACAUAGAGACAGCUGUUAUAAAAAGACAUCCUAUUGUAAAGAACAAGAGUGGGUAAUUUUUCAUUCCAAGUUUGUGUAAUUAUACCAAGGAUUAAAUUUCUGGAAAAUUCCUUUUCCUUUAUUUUAUGGUCAGAUCACAUACCUUGUUUCCAUCUUGAUAGUUAAUAGCUAGCUUAACUGUUCGUUUUUCUUUCUACCAAACAUUUUCAGAUAUUUAUAUCAUGGUUUUUUUUUUUUUUAGGAUGUCACAAGUUUAUAGGCCCUGAACAUCAUCUAAAAUAUGUAAAGCAGACAGUCAAAGAUGGUAGUUUUAUAUAUAUAUAUAUAUAAAUGUUUAAACUUGAAACUGGGAUAAGUUUCCAAAUAUAAGGCAACAAAAUUUAGAGGGGUAAAUGUGGGUAAUGGACAUUAUUUCAGCAAUGUGCAUUUGACGAAGAUAUUAAUUUGAGGAAUUGGAACUAAAUACCAUUGCACUAGAUUGACUUAUGUAUCCUCGCUAAUAAAACUCAAGUUUGGCAUAGUGUGGGAAGGACUGUUAAAAGCUUGAAUUAGCUCGUCAGUUGACCAGAGAGAGUACAGUAUACAUACAUGGCAAGUGGAUUUCUAAGCAGUUUAUGAACAUUUACUUUUGCUUAGCUUUUGUAUCCUUGAUUUGUUGCCCCUUAUUCACUAUGUAUUUAUUUAUAUAUAUAUUACUUAAUAUAGAUAUAUACUUGUAUAUAUCAGUAAUAUAGAUAUAUACUUGUAUAUAUCAGUAAAUAAGUAUAUAUAUAUAUACAUAUGUAUAUAAAUAUUAUUUGAGGCAGUGAAACAACUUCCACAUUAACUGUGAUUUGUAGAACAGAAUAUUCAUAUUGAGUCUUGUUUGCAAAGUGUUUUUAGCUCUUCCCCCUUCCUCCCUCCCAUGACCAUUUUUCAGUAGCAUAAGGUUUUGAUGGUUAUGUUGCAUGUAUAAUAUUGUCAAAAUAUUAUUAUACAUUUCUUGUAAAACCUUUACAGACAUGCACCAUUUUUUAAUACAACAUUCAGACCAAAGUACAGUAUACUAUCUUCUUUGUAGUGGACAAAACUACAGUGUAUUAUUUUUCAGGAGAUAUUGUUAAAAUUACUCUUUUUACUAUGCUAUACACUUUUUUUCUCUUCGGCUUCAGAAGGCUUGUUUUGUCAUUAGCAAAAAUAUUGGGUGGAUAAAUCACUAAAAAAGACAGUAUUUAUAUGGAGUACAAGUAACUGCCUCACUAAGAGCCUAAAACUUGCGGUAGCAUGGCAGCGGCUUGUAACAAACUUUUCUUUAAACUGUUUAUGCCCCUCCUUAACCCUAUCCUACUAUGCCUCUGGUUACUCCAAGAAACCCUGACAUUUUUCCCAUACACAAAAUGACUUGCUGUGAUGAGCUAAAAUUUUGUCUGUCUGGAGGGGAAUCCUUUUAAUUUCUCCAGUAUAUACAAUGAGGUUACCAAAAGCUUCUAAAUUCAGAUCACACAAAUCUGAAAUGCCACUACAAGUCCUUUAAUAUUUUUUUUUCGUUUUUGUUGAGAAAAGACCCUUGUUUUAGCAUGUGUGAGUUCAUUCCAUUCUCCUGCCUCUUUAUUAUUAUCUACUACGGUGUUUCUAGUCUCUUGCAUAAGCCUGGAAAUAUGGCAUUUGUAUUUUUAUAUUGCAAGCAUUGCAUUUAGAGGAAUACAGUAGUAACAUUUCUUACAAUAAGUACUCAAAACCUGGUUAUUAAGAAAUAUAAAAAAUAUUGCUUUAUCACAUCAAAAGGUCCUAAAAAUAUUGAAAGUCAGACUUAGUUUGUGAAUUGGUAGCAGACUAAAAUUAAGGUUUAUUUUGCAAAGUAGCUUUUUUUCGGGUUUUUUUUUUAAAGAAAUAUCUUUUGUUUUUAGUACAAAGUAGCUGAAAUAACAUUUUUAAGCCACUAAUAGUAUAUUGAGUAAUAUAUAUUAUUUUUCAUUUCAUCUAUGGAAAUUUUAUACUAUUAAUUUUAGCAACUUAGUUCUGUUCGGAGAUGUUCAAGUAACUAUGCACAAGUUAGUUUAAACUUAACAGUAUAAUUUCACUUCAAAUUAUCAUUGUCUAAGUCUGUUAACAUCUAUUGGAGAGUCUGUAAAAAUUUAUCUUAAUUUUUAGAAAUUAAUCUAAUACACAUCCAUCUUCUGCAGUGCAUUUUUUAAUAAAAUAAGAGUAUAGUAGUUUAUUUUCCUCUAAAGGUUAAACACAUCCAGUAUAUGUUAACAGUUUGAAAAAAUUUCUGCCUAAUUUUAAAAACUGCACAUUAUUCUUAUUUGUAAUUUUGUCAUCACUUACUUCUUAAGUUUAUUUUUAUAAAGUAAUUUAUUUCCAAUUUUAAAGGUAAUUAUGAAGUAUAUUUUUUGUACUUGCACAAACAGAUGGCUUAUGGGAUGGCAGGCAGUCACAUAUAUAAAGCAAUGCAAUACAGUUACCUAAUUAUUUAAAGUUUUGUUAUACCCAUAGCAUCUGAUUGUACAAAAAAUUUUAAUUAGCCAGGUUGUUUCUUGGUGUGCAAGAGAUUGGUUGUGUACCCACAGAAUGUUUCCCAUUAUUAAAUGUUUUAUUGCCCUAAAGGAAGGACAGCUUGUCCUAAAUGCUUGUUCCAUUAUUUCCCUGUAGUAACCCCUAAUUAAGAGGACAACCACAAGUCUUUGUGUAUUUUACCAAAGAUUAUCAUCUCUAUAGUCAUGUAAAACUUUACAAUUAAGACUUUUCUUAUUAUCAAGUAAUUAUUAUCAAGUAGUGUAUUUGUGAUGGAUUAACAUGUAAAAAGUUACUCAUUUGUGACCUAUAGGCUAAAAGACUGAAGUUCUUAUGUGUGAUGAGAAGUGCUUUACCUCUGAGCAGGCGGAGCAGUAACCCACCUUACUAGGGUAUCCACUGGCUGACCAGAAAUUUCAACACUGGGUAUUGUAUAAAAUAUAAUAAGAUGCUUGAGUAUUUUGGCCUAUGCAUAUUGUCUGACUGUACAGUUUCUGUGUGUAUGGUAUGAUUGUGAGGCAUUUUUUAUGUUUUUGUAUAAAAAUACAAUACCAUACGUUUUGAGCACACUCACAUGCUUUUUGUAUUGACCCAAUUACCAAAGAAAAUAAAAACUAAAAAUGUAUAGACGAAAUAAUGUAAAACUCCCCAACAUAGAUUUUUAUGAAAACGGGGUGAAAAAACAUUUGUGUACUAAUAAAAUGCUAAAAAAUGUAAA